AAGUUAUUGACGUGAUGGAGAUUAAAAAGAAGCGUACUGUCGUGUAAACGCGGCGAAACGGGCGCUGAAACGGCGGACACUCGUGACCCCGAGCAUGCCUCCCUGACUGUCAACUGGGGAAGGGCGCGUUACGCCCGGGAAAGGGCGCAGGGGCACCGGAGGACCCGUGACUCACCUUGGACAGAGCCUAGUGCUGCUAUUGUACACAAAAGGCAGAGGAAAAGCGGUCGAGAAGCCAUAAAUACGGAGUCAUAGGUACGCACUGUAAACAGUGUAAACACUUUCCACUCUCGCCGCCAUACGGCUUUAUGAUUAGUUCGCGCACACGCCCACCUCACGGCGCUGCGGUCGAUCAACCCCUCCCCGUAGAUUAUUACCUCAACGCUCGCACCCCCCGCGAUUCGCGAAAUUCACCAAAAGCUUCUCCCAGCGGCCGCUGGUGGCGCAUUCUUUGCGAAACAACGUAUGGUGAGAUUUUAGUUCCGAGAGCAGCGAUAGAUGGUGUGAUAGUUCAAACUUCCGGCGCAUUGUCGUGGCCGGCCAAUUUCACGUGUUUACAGGCCAUAUUUUUUUAAUUUUGAAGAAAAUAGCGGCUUAAAAUGUAUUCCGAGGAUUACGGGGAGUCGCAACCCAUGGGGUACGAUUACAGCUACGGCGGUGACUACGAUGGACAUACUGGAGAUCCGCACCUAGACAUGGAAUACGACAGACAGUACGCCUACAAGGUGCCUGAAGUCGUCAAUAAGUUCAUCACCUACUUCAGAAACGCUAUCGCUGAAGGGAUGAUUUUCGAGAUACAAAAUUAUUACGAAAACUCGUUUCCCAAACUCACCGAGCAAUUCUUUGACAAGAAACCUUGGCCAGAAGAGGCUGAUAUUGCACCUCUCGUCGACAACGACCCUGUCUUCUUGAUCCUGUACAAGGAGCUGUACUACCGGCAUAUUUAUGCCCGAAUUCCUGGUGGUCCCACCUUUGAACAGCGGAUGCAGUCUUUUUACAACUACUGCGAGUUUUUCAACUACAUCCUGAAUGGAGAGCAGCCUGUUACCUUGGAGUUGCCAGACCUUUGGUUGUGGGAGCUCGUGGAUGAGUUUGUCUACCAGUUCCAAACUUUUGCUCAAUUUAGAGCACGAGGUGGCAAGAGGAGCCCUGAAGAGGUUGAGGCUCUUAACCAGAACAAGAUGUGGAAUGUUUUCUGCGUCCUGAACGUUCUUCACUCGUUGGUCGACAAGUCGAACAUUAAGAAGCAGCUGGAGGUUUAUGCCAGCGGUGGUGACCCAGACUCCGUUGCUGGAGAUUUCGGGCGCCACUCGCUCUACAAGAUGCUGGGAUACUUCAGCCUGGUCGGCCUUUUGAGGCUGCACUCCCUCUUGGGUGACUAUUACCAAGCAAUCAAGGUGCUUGAAAACAUGGAAAUCCACAAGAAGUAUUCGCAUGUACCCGCUUGUCAAAUCACAACUUCUUACUAUGUUGGAUUUGCGUACAUGAUGAUGAGGAGAUACGCUGAUGCUAUCCAGACCUUCAGCUCAAUCCUUCUGUACAUUCAGCGCACCAAGCAGCUCUUCCAGACUCGAUCAUACCAAAAUGAUCAGAUAAACAAACAAACUGAUCAGAUGUACACCCUUUUGGCCAUCUGCCUGGUGCUGCACCCCAUGUGCGUCGAUGAGUCCAUCCAGCAAGCCCUGAGAGAGAAAGGCUACCAUGAGAAGAUGUACAAGAUGCAGUAUGGUGACCUGCAGGAGUUUGAGCAGUGCUUUAACUUUGGCUGCCCCAAAUUCCUCUCUCCCUGCUCAAGCAGCACCGAGACUGAGGAUUCGGUAAAGGAGGCCAUGAAGCACCAGACCAACGUCUUCAUGGACGAAGUGCGUCAGCAGAAAAUGCUGCCCACCAUUCGCUCCUACUUGAAGCUGUACACAACCUUGCCUGUGUCCAAACUGGCCUCUUUCAUGGCCCAGCAGGCCCGCUCAGAAGGAGCCAGCGAAGGUGUCGUCGCUAAAGUCGACAUUCCCAAAGAAACGGAGGACCUGAUCAUCCACCUGUUGUGUUUCAAGCACAAGAUGAAGAACCUCGUUUGGAGCAAAGGUGCCUCAGGACUGGAGGGCCAGUUCCAGUCAGGAUCAGAGCUUGACUUUUACAUCGACCAUGACAUGAUCCACAUUGCAGACACCAAGGUUGCGCACAGGUAUGGUGAGUUCUUCAUCAGAAAAAUCAUGAAGUUUGAAGAAUUGCACCGAAAGAUCAAGCAAACGAAGAUCUGAAGUGUGUUUAUGUAACUUGUGGAUGAAUGAGAAUAAAAGUAAGUCUUUGUCGUAUUACACCUAAA